AUGUUGUACUGUCUCCAGUUGAGUAAGGAGCGACGAGAAUGUCUUCAGCUGCUGACGUUCGUUGAUUCUUAUGUUGGGGAAACUAAGAACAUGGUCCAGGAGUGGACCUAUCCAAUUGCCAUCAGUGGUGUGGUUCGGCAGGUUCCGUGGGGCAACAACGGUGGAAAGAUCUUGUUCCGCUCCCCGCUGUGCAGCCGUUGCCGUUGCUGGUGGACCCAUCCGGUUGCCAUUAAAGCUGACCUGGGAAUCCGGGUUCCAAAGCGCAAGCCCGGAGAAUUUCAUUGCAAGCGGCCGCUCACCGGGACAGCCGAAGCGAUGAAGCCGCGCUGGGGGCUCCUGUGGCUUCUCGGGGCCGCCGCUUCCUGCCUCCUGGAAGGCAGCCUCGGCUCCUCCCCUCGCGUAAUCCGUGUGAGCUACUCUUCUGCAACGGAGGCUUGUCCAGGGCUGUCACCCUUCACAGCCGAAGGUUAUAUGGACGAUCAGCUCAUCGUUCGCUACGAAAGCCACACCAGGAAGAUGCAUCCUCGAGUAGAUUGGAUAAAUACACUGGAGAAGGAAGAUUCCAGAUUCUUUAACAAGUACACCUUGAUUUUGCAAAAAGACCAGAAAGACUUUCAGGAAGACGUGCAAAUGCUCCAGAGACGCUAUAACCAAAGUGGAGGCUUUCACAUCGUCCAGAUGAUGAUCUUCUGUGAAGUGGGGGAAGAUGGGAAAAGGAACGGCCACUGGCACUACGGCUAUGAUGGGCGGGAUUUCCUUAGCUACGAGAUGGCGACCGGCAUCUGGACAGCAGCUGACAAAGAAGCCCAGGAGAUCAAGCAGAAGGUUGAAACUGCCGCCAAUCAGCGAUUCACAGAUUUCCUGGAGAGCAUCUGCACGGAGUGGCUGCAGAAGUAUGACCACUACAGAUCAAAGAUAUCCUUGAGGGAAGUUCCUCCAGUGGUGACGAUGAGCAGCAGGACAGAAGCUGAUGGUAUGGAGAGGCACGUCUGCCGAAUCCACGGCUUCUACCCCAGGGAGAUCGAUGCCUCCUGGAGGAGGGAUGGGGAAUUCUGGCUGCAAGACAUCUUCCAUGAGUCUCUGGCCCCCAACUCAGAUGGGACCUACUAUUACUCGCUCAGAAUCCAGAUCGAUCCCAAGGAGAGGGGCCGCUAUCGGUGCCACGUGGAGCACGAUGGCUUGCAACAACCUCUGGAUCUGGCCCUGAAGGCCGACUUAAGGAGCAUCUGA